CCGCCGCACUCAUUCAGUUCAGUUGGCCGUGAAGACGACAGGUGCAGGUGCUUUGUGCUGUGCUUCUAAAAUGCGCAAAACGUUGAUUCUUUUUAUCGUAAACUAAUACUUUGGAUCUCGAAUGUGAUGUUAGAAAAAGAGUGCCACUGUUUCCAUCUUGGCAAAUGAGCGUUUACAGCGUCAUUAUGUCUCCUGCGGCGCAUCGCAUCCAGCGAGCGCUCAUCUGUUCUCUUCUUCUCUGUAUGACGACGACAGUCAUGACGCGCUCCUCUUCAACAUCCGAUCUCAAAUCCAAAAUAUCUGGCGUGGAGGAGCUGCUGGAGGAGUUCCGUAAGCAGCUACAGCAGGAUGAGUCGGACUCGAGGGAGGAUGAGGAGGAUGGAGACCGCUGUAUCAGUGGCUUCAAUGCGGUAGAGGAGCGCAUCAUCCGCGCCAGCGCGUCCAUCGAGCAGGGCGCCGCGUUCUUGUCCGCCCCGCAGAGGGUGUUCAGCUGGAGGGACUGCGCGCACGCAUGCUGCUCUCACCCGCACUGCACAGCCGCUAUCAUCCAGGAGGACCUCAAGCAGCCCGAUGACAGUUUGCGCUGUUAUCUGUUCAACUGCACGUACAGGGGCAGGAACGUGUGCUCGUUUUCCUUUCAGCCGGGAUUCAGCACCUACAGUCGGGUGGACAACAGCAGCUCUAGACCCCGUGAGCCCAGCCUUGAUUCUGCUGCUGCCACUGACAGCCCACGCGCUUCAGCCGGGAGACCUCCAUAUGGGAUCGAUGAGGGUUUGGAUGAGCUUUACGCCUCGCAGUGUUAUGCAGCAUACAGACCACCAGUCGCCCAAACCACGUUUACAACCAGAUUAAAGUGUGGCCAGAAGGGUCUUCAGACUGUGUUUCAGACAGGCCUGCUGAAACUCAGUGGUCUUAGAGAAGGAAUUUAUUCCUUUGAGCUGACCGUCACCGACAUGGCGGGACAGAAGAGAUCUGACAAUGUUUCUGUCAGUGUGCUCGCCCCUGCACCAAACGCAGAAGUGUGUACAGGUCACUGCUCUCGGUAUCAGUUCAUGUGUGAUGAUGGCUGCUGUAUAGACAUUGGUUAUGCCUGCGAUGGAAAGCAACACUGCCCUGACCGAUCAGAUGAAGAUUUCUGCCAGAAUUUUGAUAGUGGUCAUAAGUCCAACCCCGCCUCUAAACAUGGACCAGAUAUACAAACCGAAGCAGAAGCCCAGCCGCCCACAGAAAUACAGCUCAACGAUAGCCCUAAACCUGAACAACAUCAACAUUAUGACUUCAGUUCGCAAGAUCCCUGUGCGGCGCCCCCAGUGGUCGGCCCAUGUAAAGGUGUUUUCCCGCGCUGGUAUUAUGAUUCUAAAACAGGAGAUUGCCAGCACUUCCAGUAUGGUGGCUGCAAAGGAAACCACAACAACUUCCUCCAGAAGUCUGAUUGCAUAAAUGAGUGCAUUCAGAAACCAUCAGUAACAAAACUUCAGGGCACUGCAACUCCGUUAGCCAGUGUGAAAACAUACACACCUCCCAUUGCUUCUGUCCAUAAGGAAAAACUGCAAGAUUCUCUCACAGAGUCUCUGAAUUCACUGCCAUCAUCUAAAAUACAUAGUGUACUGGAAGGACACCCACCCCCUGAAUCAGGUGCGAUCCUACCCCUGGCUUUGGGUCUGAUCAUCAGCGCUCUGCUCUUACUGAUGGUGGGCUGCAGGCUCUGUCUUGUACGUCGCAGACUGAAGAAAGCUUUGCCUCUCACCACAGAAGAGUCUGAUUACCUCAUCAAUGGCAUGUAUCUGUAGCAGAACAGCCACUUCUCAGCCAAUCAACCCUCCAGUCUGCUGCACCAUUUGUGUGACUGUGUGUGUAGAGGACACAUAAGAAAAAAAUAAUCUAAUGCACAGCUAGUCAACCCUGCUCCUGGGGCCAGGUGCCCCAGCUAGGAAUGUUAUUGUUCUAAGAAUGCUCCGAAAACAUCAUAUGUUCUGGGAAUGUUUUCAGCGGCAUGUUUUAUUUUAGUUCCCAGAAUGUUCUGCUAAAAGGCAAUAUAACAUUCUCUAAAAACAUUCUAAAAAUGUUUAUUGAUAACAGUAUUAGAACAUUAUACUCUAACACUCUAAUUAAGAUUUAAGUGGGAAAUUUUCCAUUGGACAUUAGGCGUGGACUCAAAUUUUGGUUGAAAAUAAAAACCCAACCUUUGCCAACUUCAUUAAAUGAUUCCAACUUCAUUAAAUAACUCCAAAAACAGUAUUUCCAACUUCACUUAUUAUAAACCAGAUUGACUUUAUUUCUGUCAUACAAUGACAAAAGGUCUUAUUGAGAUUAACAGAGGUUUAGAUGGUGAUGUGUGUUUAAAAGUAAUUGUUUGGGUUGAUGUCAUCAUUAUGGUGAUCAGUGUUAGAUUUAGUUGGGCAAUUUGACACUUGACCUUUCAAUGCUUUUCUCUAGCUGCUAUAGCUAUGUUUGUUAUGACAAAAACAGCAAGAGAACACAUGAUUAGGUGGUGCUGGUUGCUUGCUGGUAAUUAAGAUAUAAUCAUGUAGCAUUGAUUAUCUGAUUUUAUACAGUCUAAUCUAUGGUAUUAGAAGCAUGUUAUUUAUUAUAGCAAUGGUUCAACAGACUGAGACCCAGCAGAAUUUCAAUCAGAUCUUUACAAGGAUUUAAAAAAGAAAACUUAUUUGUCACACAAACAUCAAGUAUCAGUGUAUGAAUCUCAACAAUGGUCACAUGCUUCAUGCUGCAAUGUAUUCUGGGUGCAUCGUGCAAAACUCAUCCAUGGCUCCCAGAAUGCAUUGCGCUGGCAUGAAGCAUGUCACCCCUGUUGAGAUUCAUACACUGAUUCUUGAUGUCUGUGUGUCUAUGCAUUCAGUAGUUUAAAUUGAUUCGGGAAUGAUGUGAUUUAAAAAGUACAGACAGAAAUACAGAUUCUUUGAUUAAAACACUGUUGGAUUUUAUGCUGCUGGAGCACAUUUACUAUAAUCACUAAUAUGAAAUUAAUAGCAUAGAUUAUACUCUAGAUGAGCUCAGAUCACUACAUGAUGAUAUCUUGCUGACAUCAGCAAGAAGCCAACAUCACCUGGUCACAUUGUGAAAAAAAAGGUUGGGUUUUCACUUUCAACCAAAAUGUGAUUUCUGAGCAAUGUAAGUCCACAUCUAGUGUGAUGAGAAGCUUUAUUAGAAUGUUAGAGGAUAAUGUUCUAACAAUGUUAUCAAUACACACUUUUAGAAUGUUUUUAGAGAAUGUUACAUUACCUUUUAGCAGAACAUUCUGGGAACUAAAAUAAAACUUGCCGCUGAAAAUAUUCCCAGAACAUUUCUAGAUGGGGCACCAGCUUUAUAUGUAAGUUAAGUUAGUUGGGGCAUAAAUGGCCACUAAACUGCACCAUUAAACUUGACUUUAAAUGUAAAAUAAAUAUUUCCUCCAACAAAGAAUAUUGCAUUGAAUAAAGUGGCUGAUUGAUUGAAUUGCAUAAAGGCAUAAAAGCUUGCAUAAAAAAAAUCAAUAAGCUAAUGUUUUACCCAGCAGACUUCAGUGCUUAAUAAAUAUAAUGCUGACAUUUACAAAGAGAGAACAUUAUGUUCAUAAAUGAGUUUGAAGCUCUUCAACAUGAACCAACGAAUCAACCUUAACAAGCCAAUUCACAGUAUUCCAACACAAAUCUGUUCACAAAUUUGAAGGCUACUACUGGAUAGAGGGUAAACAUCCAGAGAGCUUACAACCUACUAGCUACAUUCUGCCUCAAAAACAAAUGAUGUGACCAGAUUAAGUACAAAGUUACAAACUAGUUAGUAAUUAAUACGCCCCAAAUUUAGACUUUAUGUUCCACUUUAAGUAAGAACUUAACAAUGGCUGUUACAACCCUAUAGAGCUACCAUCCUCCAAUGCUAAUCAAAUAUACCUGGACCACCUAACCAGGGUGCUCAGAAUUACUUGAAAAUUACAGACGGGGUUUUGGUGCAGGGUAGGAACUUAACUCUGCAGAAGGUAUUGUAGUUCUCCAAAAGCAGGGUUGACUAUUACUGAUCUUUUGAUUGAUGGUAAGUCUUCAUGCCAUUAAUAUCCUCUUGAGUGCAAAAUGACACAACUAUCUCUCUACUAUAAACUCUCAACUGUCUCACUAUAUAGGAUGCUGAAUUAAGUGAAUCUCAAUACAUGGUAUCCGGAAAAUAACAUUUCAAACGUGAAUGGACACUAUUUCUGAGAAAAUUGCAUCUGUUAGAGAGUUAUUUUGGUAGCAAUUAUGCAGAUGUGUGUGACUGCAACAAAGGUUCCUGUGGUAUAAAUAUGCAGUUGUAUAAUUUGAUAAUAUGUCUAAAUACUGGCAUACUGGUUUAAUGCAUACUUAAGAGUAUAUACAUGUUUUUGAAGUGAUUGAAUUUGAAUUCAGCUUUAUUUUUUUAAUGAAGCAUGAUGUACCACAAGCAUGCCUGAUAUUUUUUGACCUGGGAAUUUGACCCUUUAACGAGAGUAUUUUUUCUGUUUAUUUUGGGAGAAUUUCUGAAAAAAUGUGCUCAGCCUUAAUAGGAUAAACAUUUAAACCAUUUUGUUUCUGCAUCCUUAUAUGAUCAUAUGCUUGACAAUACAAGUGAGUUCAGUAUGUUCAUUAAUAAUCUCAGUCCAGGGAAUACAGCUUUAGUUAUUGUAAUUAUUGGUGCCAUUUUAAAAGUUCUAGAUUACAACUUUAGAUUUUUGUUUUGUUUUGUUUUGAUUUUGAUUGGCCCUGACAAUGGCCUUGAUAUCCUAGAAUAUCUUGUUAGGGCAAUGUUUUCAAUGUGGUUUAAUGGCUUACUGUGAUAUUAAAUACUAGUCUGUAUAAUCAGUGUAAUUGUGCAAACUUGUUUUGAAACCUUAUAAUAUGUAUGAUUGUAAAAUACCAAAUUUAAUAAUCUUGGAGAAAUACAUUUAAAAACCCAUUAAAUGUGGACCAGCUAUAUGAGUA